AUGAAAGUCCAUUAUAUUAAUAUAUUAUUGUUUGCGCUUCCAUUAAACAUAUUGGUAAAAUUAUGUCGUGUGCAUUAUCAAAGGAACCAUAAAAGCCCUAUACCACAUAAAGAAAAAAUACAUAGAAUAUUAUGCGAAUGCGAUUUAUAUACGUCCAUUUAUUAUAAUGACCCCGAAAUGAAUUCAGUGAUGCAACAAUUUGAUCUACAAACGUCCAAACGUUUUGAAGAAUAUGACGAAUGGAUGAAAGAAAAACGUAUACAGUGUAAAGAAAAGUGUGAUAAAGAAAUACAAAACAUUAUAUUAAAAGAUAAAAUCGAAAAAGAUUUAAAGGACAAAUUUGGCGCACUACAAACAGAUCUAGAUAGUGACGCUAUCCCUACAUGUGUGUGCGAGAAGUCGGUGGCUGACAAAACAGAGAAAUUUUGUCUCAAUUGUGGGAAAAAUAUGGGAGCAAUUACACCUUGUUGGGGAUUAGUUAGUGGUUUAGGUUAUUAUAGAUGGGAAAUAGCCGCUACUGCAGCUGCUGUUCAAAAGGGUAUUGAUGCGGGUAUUGCUAAAGCCAUUGAAUUAUUAAAACAAAAUUUCGGUCUAACUAGUUUAACGAACGAUGCAUGGACAAAUCUUGUUAAUGCAAAAACAUUUAAAGAUUCCGCUGUACUUAAUUCAUCUUUAAAAGAAUUAGGUGAGAAAAUUUGCAUUUUCCGUGACGGUACCUACGACGGAGACCCUAUGUGUAUGUUCAUGGAAAAGGGUCCUUUUAAAUUUGCGGAGAUUACAAGAAAGCAUACAGAAACUGUUGCUACGAAGGCAGCUGCUGAAGCUACCUCUGUUACAGAUGCAAAUGUUGCUGAGGUAACUGCUUCAGGUUUUACAUACUCGACAGCUAUAACUGCUUCUAUUGUUGCAAUAGUAGUUAUAAUUUUGGUUAUGCUUAUAAUUUAUUUUAUAUUACGUUAUAGACGAAAAAAAAAAAUAACGAAAAAACUACAAUACAUAAAAUUAUUAAAAGAAUAG